AUUGUAAUAGCGGAAUGUGUUCGCUCUGACACCAUUGGGGGGAAUUGAGCUGCACCCUGUACACUCUCGCACAAAAGUACUAAAUAGCAAUGGAGCUGAGGAGAUCGCUAAAUAAUUGCAAUAUAAAAACGCGGGUGUUGGUUUCGAAACAAUAAACGCGUGAUAUAACGCAACCACGUGUUGGCUUCAGCACUGUAAACAGCAAAAUCAAUAUUGUGAAAACUAUAUGUACCUUUGAACUGGUGCGUUGAGACGAAAUUUUGGCUCAACGUGUACUGCUGAUGGGGAAAAGGACAAAUAUAUAAUCGAAUCGUCGAAAGAAAGCGGAUUGUCACAAGUGCAAAGUAGUGCAGGGGAAUGAAUAAACAUUUAUAUUGCAUUCAAGUUCAACAUCUCACUUUUCGAUUUAUAUCUUCCGAGUUCAGAGAUGAUGUGAGGCUUCACGGAUGAACGAGCAUUAAGAUCGUUGAGUAUGCGCCAUUACGUUCACGUGAAUUUUCAACGAUCGAACCAUGAUGUCUUUGGGAACGCCCGAAAAUUCCACAUCCCUCGACCCCACCACCGUUCCGUAUUCCACACACGACGGAGAGACAGAAUAAAGAAAAAAAAACGAAUAUACUAAAGUUCGCCAUCUACAAUGACCAACGGUCGGGUGUUUUUAAUAUUUUAGUUUUUUUGUGAUAACAAUUUCAUUGAUUCAUGAAUUAUUUGAAACAGAAAAUGUAAAUGUGCAGUCCUUCGAUAUAUUUACUAUCAUUCUGUAAACAGUGAUGAUAGAAACAAGUUAUUUUUAUAUAUCGAAUUGGUUCGUUUACAUAUUAACUGAAGAGUGUUGAUUUCGGGGGAGAAGAGCUUGUCACAGAAACAAAGAUGUCUUCGAAAAGUGAGUUAAAGAAAUUGUCAGAGGAGAGCUUGACGAGACAACCGGAGGAGGUGUUUGACAUUAUCUGCAAGCUUGGCGAAGGGUCUUAUGGUUCUGUAUAUAAGGCUUUGCACAAAGAAAGUGGCCAGGUAUUAGCCAUAAAACAAGUACCCGUAGACACCGACUUGCAAGAAAUCAUCAAAGAAAUUUCCAUCAUGCAACAGUGCGAUUCCCCGUACGUCGUCAAGUACUAUGGGAGCUACUUCAAGAAUACAGAUCUUUGGAUUGUUAUGGAAUAUUGCGGUGCUGGAUCAGUCAGUGAUAUAAUGAGGUUACGAAAAAAGACGUUACAGGAAGAUGAGAUCGCGACGAUACUGUGUGACACGCUCAAAGGCCUCGAGUAUUUACAUCUAAGAAGAAAAAUACACAGAGAUAUAAAGGCUGGAAAUAUUUUGUUGAAUAAUGAGGGACAUGCGAAAUUAGCGGAUUUCGGUGUAGCUGGACAACUCACGGAUACAAUGGCGAAACGAAACACCGUAAUUGGCACGCCGUUCUGGAUGGCCCCAGAAGUGAUUCAAGAAAUUGGUUACGAUUGCGUAGCGGAUAUAUGGUCACUUGGGAUCACAGCACUGGAAAUGGCCGAGGGAAAACCACCGUAUGGUGACAUUCAUCCAAUGAGAGCAAUAUUCAUGAUCCCAACGAAACCACCGCCGAGCUUUAGAGAGCCUGAUCAAUGGAGUUCUGAGUUUAUCGAUUUUGUUAGUGGUUGUUUAGUUAAAAAUCCCGAAGAAAGGGCAACUGCUACGGAGCUGCUCAACCACGAAUUCAUAGGUGCCGCCAAACAACCCAAUAUUCUUAGUAUGAUGAUUGCUGAAGCUCAUGAAAUUCGGGAAAAGCAAAGCUCCCAUCGCGCUCACAUAAUAAAUAACGUAGCCGUGAAGGGACAAGCAGUCAAUGCAGACGAUUCGGAUGAAGACGACUGUAGCGGAACCAUGAAACCUCUACCGGAAGACUCGGGAACAUUAGUGCCAAGUCACGAUCUACCAGACACGGGAACUCUCGUUUCUGCUAUUCUGGAUCUUGGUACAAUGGUUAUAAACAGUGACACAGAUACUGAGGCCACGAUGAAAAGACACAAUACAGGUUCGGUGGAGUCUGGAAAGAAAUACCGGCCUUUGUUUCUCGAUCAUUUCGACAAAAAAGACGCCCCAGAUAUUGUGAAGAUUGGAUUGCAGGGAAACGGCCAAGUACUAUUAGGACAUAACGCGGAGCUGGAGAAUAAAUUCGACUUGCAGAAUCCGACGGAAUCGCAAAGAUUUCAAAGUCAUUUACAACUUCAGCUGAACCAAAUUUCACAGCCGAUACAAGAACCUCCAUUGCACAAUAUACCUAAGUUUCAAAAUGCAUUCAGUGAUCGCGACUUUGAAUUUCUCAAGUUUCUAUCGUACGAGGAACUGCAGCAACGUAUGGCCAGUUUGGAUGCCGAAAUGGAGCGUGAAAUUGACGAGUUGCGACGAAGGUAUCAAACAAAAAGGCAACCAAUACUCGACGCGAUGGAUACUAAAAGAAAGCGUCAACAAAAUUUCUAACGGUUUGAUACGAUUUUUUUUAACGCAAACAACAAAGUGUGAUAGAUCAAGGGUGUACAGUUGUAUAAAUUCAAUAGAUUUUAUCAUCAAUCAAUAUGUCUACUUUCUUAAAGGACGAUGCACUUUCAUCGUGAAUCUUUAUAAUCCUGGAUUCCUUAUGCAAAAAACCUGUACAGUCGAAUCCGUUCACUCGACAUUUGUGUUUUCACACGAAAUAAUUAUGCUCCAAUGACCGAAUGGGCAUGUUUUAUACUUUUCGAUCGUUGCCUUUUAGUCAUACAAAAUAUAAUAAAUUUUACAGAGAGUUCAUACUACAGCUGACCAUAAUCGAACACUGAUCGCGGUAUGAUUUAUAAAACUGUGAGACAUUUUGAUUCUUGUUCUAAUGAAAUGUGCAAAAGCCAGCGAAAGGGUGGCAUCGAAGAUAAAUCGAAGGAUUCGAAUAUCCAAAGCAAAUAACAAACGAAGUGUUGAAUUUGUCAUUGAUUUUUAUCAACUAUUGCAAGAAUUAUUUUUAGAUUUAUUCUAGAAAUUCAGCAGAGACCAAUCCUCUUCGUAUCGUGGCCUUUAACGCGUACAACAGGCGUGUGUGUUUUGUGGUCGCCGUUGUAAUGUACGAAACGUGACCUUUUUCCAAUUAACAAUAAAAACAAGCUGCAUCGUAUUGAAUUAUA